AUGCUGUCCUCGACCCUUCGUCGCUUCGGCGGCCCAACGAACUUCGCCCGGCAGACUCGCAACUUCUCCCGCACAGUCGCCGCGCAGAAGAUCAUCACACCCAAUGGCCCUCUCCGAGCACGGGAAGCCUCACCCUUCCUGAGCAGCAAAUACCCCGUCAUCGAGCACGAGUACGAUGCCCUCGUCGUCGGAGCCGGUGGCGCUGGUCUGCGGGCCGCUUUCGGUCUGGCCGAGGCAGGUUUCAACACCGCGUGUAUCUCCAAGCUGUUCCCUACACGAUCACAUACUGUGGCUGCGCAGGGUGGCAUAAACGCCGCGUUAGGCAACAUGCACGAGGAUGACUGGCGGUGGCACAUGUACGACACGGUCAAGGGUUCGGAUUGGUUGGGUGACCAGGAUGCUAUCCAUUACAUGACACGCGAGGCGCCACAGUCCGUCAUCGAGCUGGAGAACUACGGAUGCCCUUUCUCGCGAACCGAGGACGGCAAGAUCUACCAGCGUGCUUUCGGCGGUCAGAGCCAGAAGUUCGGCAAGGGUGGACAGGCAUACCGGUGCUGUGCUGCUGCUGACCGUACUGGACAUGCUCUCCUUCACACGCUUUACGGACAGAGUCUGCGACACAACACCAACUACUUUAUCGAGUUCUUCGCUAUCGAUUUGAUCAUGGAGGAUGGUGCCUGUAAGGGUGUCGUGGCUUACAACCAGGAAGACGGUACGCUCCAUCGCUUCCGCGCCAACAACACUGUCUUGGCCACUGGUGGCUACGGCCGUGCCUACUUCUCCUGCACAUCCGCCCACACCUGUACUGGUGAUGGCAUGGCUAUGGUCGCUCGUGCUGGCCUUCCCAACCAGGAUCUCGAAUUCGUGCAGUUCCACCCAACUGGUAUAUACGGUGCCGGCUGCCUCAUCACCGAGGGCUCGCGUGGUGAGGGAGGAUACCUACUGAACAGCGAAGGCGAACGUUUCAUGGAGCGUUACGCCCCUACAGCCAAGGAUCUAGCCUCCCGUGACGUCGUCUCCCGCUCCAUGACAAUGGAGAUCCGCGAGGGUCGUGGUGUUGGCCCAGACAAGGAUCACAUCUACCUCCAGCUCUCACAUCUACCCCCAGAGAUUCUCCACGAGCGUCUCCCGGGUAUCUCGGAAACGGCCUCCAUCUUCGCCGGUGUCGAUGUCCGCAAACAACCCAUCCCCGUACUCCCAACAGUCCACUACAACAUGGGCGGCAUCCCCACCAAAUACACCGGCGAAGUCGUGACCCAAACCGCCUCAGGCGAGGACGCCGUCGUCCCCGGCCUCUUCGCCUGUGGUGAGGCAGCCUGCGUCUCCGUCCACGGCGCCAACCGCCUGGGAGCCAACUCCCUCCUCGACCUCGUCGUCUUCGGCCGCGCUGUCUCCCACACCAUCCGCGACAACUUCACCCCAGGCCAGAAACACGACCAGAUCCCCGCCGACGCCGGCCACGAAUCCAUCGCCGCUAUCGACCAUGUCCGCAACGCCAACGGCAAUAAAACUACCCACGAUAUCCGCUCCGCUAUGCAAAAGGUGAUGCAGACCGAUGUCUCUGUCUUCCGAACCCAGGAGUCGCUCGAUGAGGGUGUGAAGAGGAUUCGGGAUGUGGAUCAGCAGUGGCAUGAUGUGGGGACGAAGGAUAGAUCUAUGAUCUGGAAUUCGGAUUUGGUGGAGACGUUGGAGUUGAGGAAUCUGCUUACUUGUGCCGUGCAGACUGCUGAGGCGGCGGCGAACAGGAAGGAGUCGAGGGGUGCGCAUGCGAGGGAGGAUUUCCCGGAUCGCGACGAUGAGAAUUGGAUGAAGCACACGCUUACUUGGCAGAAGGAGGCGCAGGGGAGUGUUGACAUUGGGUAUCGUAAGGUCCAGGCCAAUACGCUUGACGAGGCUGAGUGUAAAGCUGUGCCGCCUUUUGCUAGGAAGUACUAG